AUGCGUUACGGCUACGUUCUAGCUCAGUACUCUGUUCCAGAAUGGAAGGCCUUCGCCGUUGAUUACGACGAGUUCAAAAGUCUUAUCAAAAACACAGUCGUGCCUGGCUCUGGCUCUUCUGGUGAAGAAGUCAUCUUUUCUGCCCUGAACGAGCAGAUCGAACGUGUAAACAUCUUCGUCCGAUCCAAAGCCGGCGAGCUCGAGCGUCGCAUCCGCAACUGCAACAAAGCUAUCGAAGACAUCUCAAAACAGGAUGCUACUCGGACAUACCCCGUCUCAAACGCGCAGCGUCAGCGACCAAUCCUCAAGAUUGAAUAUGAGAUGGAUUCAAUCUAUCGAGAACUUCAGCAUCUUGCUCGCUUCGUCAGCGCUCAUAAAAUAGGUAUCUCAUCCUCCAAUCACCUUAUCUACAUUCCUCCACUGACAUCACCUCCAGCUUUCCGCAAACUCGUCAAGGCCUUCAACAAACGCUCAAACACCUCCUCCCUCUCAUCCCGCUUCACAGCCCUCAUCGAAAACCCAAAGUCAUUCGCCAAGCGGGAUUUCGCACCCCUCAUCGUCGAGCUUUCCUUCCUCUACGACUCCAUCCGUCGCUACUUUCAGUCUUCGCUUCGUUUCUUUACUCAGUCGCACACUGCCAUGGCCGAUCUCGAUUUCGAGACCUCAAGCUUUUCGGCUCCCAACUCUGCCUCUUUCUGGGUACACGAGGAUAACGUCGUCGAACUAGAGAUCUAUCUGCUCAAAUAUCUCUCAAUCAUGCCCAACGAGUCUAUCUUCCGCAGAAAUCUGUUAAACUCCAACGAAUACGGCGUGCAGUCCGAUACCAGAAUAGUCUUCCUCAACUCUGCAAACGCUCUCGAGAACAUCAACUCUCCAAAGAAGUUCCAUGACGAACUUUCAAAGAUAGUGGCCGACGUCGACGCCGAUGGCAACGAAGCUGUCCUUUGCACCCCGGGCGGAGCAACUUUGACCGGCAAGAGGAAAUACAUCGAAAGCAUAGUCAACUCGUCUGCUAGUCCUCAAGAAAUGCAGCAGCUCGACAGUAUCGGAAAAUCGGUCGUUGCUUGGGUCAAGAAAAACUAUGCGAAACCCUCGGUUGUCGUCGGUGCCAAUCGUAUCCGCUACGAACAAAUAGGAACAAACGGCACCACCGUUUGGGCUUCUCUUGACAACGACGUCAAAUACCGCAGAGUCGAGUCCGCGACCGGUUGGACAGACCUGGGCACUUCUCGAGACUUCUCUUCGUUCCCUUACUCUGUUCUCGAGCUCAGAUGGCAGGGCCCUGAGCCUAAGUGGAUCCACGACCUGAAAGCCUCGCAUAUGGUUUACGAAGUUCCCGGUUUCAAUUACUUUUCACACGCUACAAGCGCGCUCGGUCUCUCCGACCAGCAGCCUUCAUGGCUCCGCCUCGUCUAUGAGGACAUCCACAAAGUUCCAAAGCAGAAAGUCGUCCGUCCGCGCCUGAACGGCCGGAACUCGUCCUCCAAGACUGCGACUCUCACUCAAGCCUCCUCGUCUUCUUCAUCAUCAUCUGGUACUACUGUGGAGGGUAACAGCAGCGUCGAGACUCCUCUUGAGAACAUGCCGGUCACUGUCGCAAACGCUGCCUCUGCUGGUUUCCGUCGCAGCUCCGUCUCUCGUGCCAGCCAGCGGGCUAGCUCCAUCAUCUCCUCUAUCUUCUCUACCCGUCCAUCCUCUCCUCCGCCUUUCCCUAAACGCAACGGUCCGCCACCUGAUGUGGCCGAAAUCGCCCGUCUAGGUCGUGGGCGUCGCGGUCGUCGCGGAGGCAAGGCCACUCCUAAUCGUCCUCUGCAGAUCGUCCACCCUGAGAACGACCAGAACCGUUACUGGAAUGAGUUUGAUCAUCCCGAGGAUGACGAGUCUACUUUCUUCAUCGAUGUUGACAACUCCACUAGUGACUCUGGCACCUUGAACAAACUCUCUGAUUGGUCCAACAGUAUCUGGAGCCGUGUGUCCCAGAAAGUGCACUCCAUCAGCGACAUGGUUGACGUUUCUCCAUCGCGUCGCGCUGCUCAGGACGCGGAGCGUGAGGGUUUGUUGCAGAACAAUGAUCAUGAUCUCGACAAUGCCGCGGCCCUUAGCUUGAACCGUCCUGGCAAUGAUGUCGAGUCUGGAAAUCGGCCAAUGUCGAGACUCGGAUUCCAAGAUGCCGAGUCGUUCGACCGUGCGCUUACUAUGUUUUAUGCGGUUUCCUUCAGCAUUUCGCUCGUCCUGGUUGGAAUCCUCGACGGAAUCAUCUUUGGUGGGCAGCAUUCUGCGGCACCUGUCUAUGUGUCUCUGCUGGCAUCUAUUGGCUUGGUCUUUGCAGAGAUGAUUGCGCUUUCCGGUGUAACCGCGUUCCUGUGGCGGCGCAAUGUUCCCGGAGCGUUGCAUCAAAUUUUGGUCUUCCUCGCGAUGCUCACGAUCGUUUGUGGUGGGGUUGGUGGCGUUCUUGUUAUCCUGUUUUGA